AUGUCAACCCCACGGCUGCCUUUGCAGGACCGCACCAACUUACAGAACAACCUGCAAAUUCGAGUUGUACCGUACAGUCCCCCUCGCCUCAGCUUAGAUUACUCGACAGCAACGCAGCUGGAUAUAGGCAGCUGCAGCUCAUCAUCUGAACUACCACAGGCGAAUGUGCAAGUUUAUCAAAGCGACACGCCGCAGACACAGCGGCAGCCUGCUGACUCAAGCCCGGUUUUGUCAAGUCCAAUAUCGCCACUGGGGCAAUACUCGAGGUCUCCUUACCAAGACACGUACGGACGCAGAGCCAGUACGCCUCGGCGGCCAUCUACAUCCUCUUCGAAUCGCCGUCUCAAGCACCUCGUCAAUGUCCAUGCUGACAAAACCUUCUCACUCCUGCCACAAGUCGAGUGUGAAUCUAGCUCGCAAUACUCGAGCUCGGCCUUGGAUUCGACGCUCCCCAGCACAUUUGGCAGAAAUUCGUCCGUCACAUUUAGUCACGGUAGACGUAGCUCAAUUCUGGCAUUGCAGCAGCAGGAAUCCGCACCAACAUCGCCAGACGACAAGACGCCGCCCCGGCCAACCGCAAACAAAGUCGCGAGCACAUCCUCACCAUGGAACUAUGAAUUUGUCGGCGGACUACGCAAGGUAUACCAGCAAACCCCCGCGUCAGACCUGGAUCAGUCAUUCUCACCCAUCGCCACCCCAAGCAAGGCGCAUCUGCCGCCGCCGGGCACUACCAGGAGCUUUGCGCGCGCAACCUCAAUGCUCAUACCGCGAAAACCACUGCCCAGCUCCUACUCAGAAAGUCCGGCCAGUUUGUGCUCUCUAAACGUCAGAACCAUUGAGAAAACGCUGUCUACGAAGCCCAACGUUCAUGCUCAGCCGUCGUUAGAGUCCAUCCUCUUAUUACCAUCAAGUGACCAAAACUAUCGAAUUCUCGGCGAUUCUGGCUCCUCCGACUAUUCUCUGAGUACUCAGUCGCGCCCAAGAACCGAGGAAAGUGAACCCAAUUACGUGAAGCUCGAUGGUGCACCAUCUCCGCCAGUCGCCGGUACCCCUGCAUCAAGGCUUAAAUCCGAAUACUCGAGGGAGAGUUUGAUCGUGGCGCCUCUCAACCCCGCAAGGAAGCUCUUUACCGACAAGUCUGUCUCUGUCAAGCUCUCACAGGGCCGGUCGUCACCCAGAUUUCUCGCGACCUGGUCCGCUGUGAUGAAGCCUGACGCUGCACGAGCCCUAUUCGGAUCCAGAAUAUAUCCUCCGAGAUCUCGCAACGCCAGAGCGCCUUCACAAGCCGGAUCUUCCACAGUUACACCCGGAGCCCACCAGUCAUGGAUGAUUGCCGCGUUCAUACCGCUUCCCACCAAUCGGCAUCUUGAGGAAAAGAAUCUCCAAAGUACUAGCCACAUUGACCUCGCAGAAGAUAACGGCGCAAGCCCGUCUCAGCUUGCUAAGGAAAUUGCUCUCUUCAAUCGCGCAAAGUGGUGGAGAGAUCUCAACCGGGCCAUGGCCGUGAUUGGCCUUUUAAUCAUUGGGGCAUUCGCAGUUCUAAUUGCCCUUGGCGUUCAGCAGCGGUGGAGGUGA